AUGGAGAAAUUUGAAUUAUUUGCAAAUCCCAUUACAAGAUCAAAUAGCCCAGACUCCGAAACUAGAAGCACAAGUGCAAAAAGUAAUAAUAAAAACUCUAAUAUGCCUACUAUUAAAAAAACUAAGGUAUGGAGCUACUUUGAAGAAAAAAAAAUAAUAGAAUCUAUUCAAAACCUUGAUAAACAAAAAGUUAAUAUUGAAGUCACAUAUGCUAUUUGUCAAAUAUUAAAUAAUUUAGAUAAAGAACAUUGUAACAUUCGAUUAAAAACUUCAAGUGGCUCGACAUCAAGCUUAAUAACUCAUCUCUUAAGUGCUCAUGGUAUUACACAGAAUAGGCCUGGAUUAUCUGGACCAGACAGUGACAACAGCAAAAGACACCAAGCUGAGACUGCCCUUUGCAAUAAAUAUAAUAAGAUUAAAUCUUUUUAUAAAGCCUCAACAUCAUCUGAUAAAUCUUUUAGCCCUUGUGAAGAUCAAGACAAACAAGAAAGGCAACUUCAGAUUUAUCAAAAAACAUUUUUUAAGAUAGUUUUUAUACAAGAUACUUCUAAAAAGUUAAAUGAUGAGCUUGAUAAUUAUCUUUCUUUACCCGAAAUCCAUUAUAAAUCUGACCCUUUUAACUGGUGA